UACUAUGUCCUUACACUAAAGUUGAAGAAAGUUUUAACCUUCAAGCUUCACAUGAUAUCAUGGAGUUUGGAAUAUCUUUGGACGCAUUAAAAAAGUAUGACCACUUUGAGUUUCCAGGAGUUGUUCCUCGCACUUUCGUUGGCCCUUUGCUUUUGAGUUUAGUUAGCUGGCCAACUAUACGCUUCUUUCUUGGCAUAUCUACCAGUUUUGCUCUAUCUUAUCUUCGAUCGUCUAUUACUAAAUAUUUCGGAUAUCGGGUUUCUGUUGCUUUUGGUGUUCUCAGUGCUUGUCAAUUUCAUACCAUAUUUUGGGCAAGCAGGACAUUACCUAACAUGUUUGCUUUUCCGCUAGUGAUUUUGUCUUAUUCUCAUUGGAUUUCUGCGAUUAAUUCAUCUGAAUCCAAUCGAAAAUUAUUACAAAUGAUACGUUAUAUGACUUAUACAGCAGUAAUAUUCCGUUUUGAAGUAGGAAUGUUACUUGCUAUUAUUGUUUUGUUUGAAUUGUGGAUGGAAACUUUAAGUUUUUUUGACACAUUAAGGGUUGGAAUUAUCUCUGGGUUGGCAAGUUUGGGAAUUUCUUGCUUUAUCGAUACUUAUUUUUGGCAGACUCUGCUCAUGUGGCCUGAGGGUUAUGUUUUUUACUUUAAUGCUGUUCUUGGAAAGAGUGUCGAAUGGGGGCUAAUUGCAUAUGAUUUUAAUAUCAUUGUUAGCAAACAAAAAUAUCCACGACUCAUAUUUAUAAACCGACUUAUUUCUGCUCUUGUUGUAAUUGGAUUUUCAAUAAGCACCGUAAUGGUCAUUGUUUCUAGUUAUAAUUAUCCUGGUGGGGCAGCCUUACAAAAAAUACAUGUCAUUCAGAAAGAUUAUGCCCAAGCGCGGGUACAUCUUGAUGUGUAUACUGCAAUGACUGGUGCAUCCAGAUUUGGCCAAUUGCGGCAUGAUUGGAUGUAUUAUAAGAACGAAUCACAUUCAUUGCCUACUGAUUAUGCUGUAUAUACGCAUCUUUUGACUUCUACACCUCAAUCUCACGGAGAUUAUUUCGAAAUCAUUGAUAUCGUAUAUGGGUACGAGACAAUACGAUUGAAAAAUCCAAGUGUUAUCGUUCAAAACUGGCUCAACCUGUUCCAAAACUUUGACCUAAAUCAUAUGAAAGAGUUUUUGGAAUCCUUAUUGCCAGUGCAAAUCGUUAUAGAGCCAAAAGUUGACUGGCCAGGAUAA